AUUGAUUAGUUUAACUAUUGGUUACUAUACUGUGUAUGAUGAACAUGCAAUUGAUGAGGAGGUGAAGAGUCUAAUGAAGAAACUGGAGAUAAUAGAGAGUGAAAGAGAUGAUUUACUUGAGGAGAAUGCUAAAUUGAAGGUUACAAUAGACACAUUAGGUAUCUCAUAUGAAGGUAGAAAAGUUGAUGAAAGCAAUAAGUCAUCAAUACAAUCAUCAGAGUUCGAGAAGGAAGAUGGUAAAAAGAAGAUGACAAAAGCAAUGCAAAUGGAAAUAGAUAAUUUACGAUCAUCUUUUCAAAGCAAAACAGAAAUAGAAGAAACGUUAAAUGGAGUAGAGAAAACAUUAAUUGAAAGAGAAAAGGAGAUAGAACAGUUACAGGAAAAGAUAUCAUUAAUGAAUAUACAACAACUGAAAGAAACUUCAAUUACUCUUAAAAAGGAUCAGUCAACACAAUCAAUAGAUCCACCAAAAGGAUUAGUUUAUGUAGCUAUUAGAGACUGGGAGGCAAGGAAUAGUACUCAGCUUUCAUUCAAGAGAGGAGAGAAACUUGAGAUCAAGGAAGAGGAUACUGAUGGAUGGUGGCUAGCAAGAUCCUUAGAUACUGAUGAAGAGGGACGUGUUAAUAUUAAUCAUUUUAAAAAAGAUGAAGAGAGUGAACUGUCAACAUCAGAAUCACUUGAACUAUUUCAUUAUGCAAUGACAGAAAAUGUUGACAUACCUAAAAUCAAGGAAAUUAAGAUAAGGGGCAAUGUUGAGAGAGCAAGUCUCUUUUUAUCAUUAAUUAAACAAGAUUCAUUUCUGUUAAAUCAACUUAGAAAAAAAGAACAUG